GUGAUGGGGCUGAGCGAUUGGGUGUACUGGGUGAGCCACUACCUGAGCGGCUUCUUCAUGCACCUGAUCACCGUCACCCUCAUGAUGCUCUUCGUGAGCGUCAAGAGGAACGAAGAAGAUCGCUCGUUCAUCCAGUUCAGCGACCCGUUUCUGCUCUUCACCAUUCUCAUGUGCUUCUGCAGCAACUGCCAGAUGCACGCCAUACUGAUCUCCAUGUUCUUCACCAGCUCCCAGUACGCCAUCGCCGGAGCCAUGCUGUACUGGACUUUCAGCUGCGUGAUGCCCUUCCUCACGCUGGAACAGGCUGGCGGCCAAGGCUACUACUAUAUACAACGCAAGCACAAGCUGUGGACAUCAAUCUUUCCCGGCAUGAGCCUCCACUGGAGCUUCCGGGUCCUGGAGCGCUUCGAGAAGUUCGGUACGACACCGCCAGGAGCAAAGCGCUACCGCGGAGACUAAUCGACAUGGCGCCCUCUGGGUAGUGCCUCGGUUAUAGGUUCGGUUAUAGGCGCCACUAAUUUUGAUAGUCGAAGUAGACCGAGCACAAGGACAGUGGCUGCAAGGUUAUCUUGGCGUACUAAUUCUGACUAAUAACACGGAAACGAAUUACUGGAAUAAUUCUUUCAUAAAAACAAAAACGUAGUUCUCGAAAGUGGAUGUGCGAAAGGCAGUGUUCCGGUGAUGGAGAAGAAUACUCUGUAUUAUA